AUGCCCGCUGCGGCGCCCCUGCUUACCGUCGUGCUCCCUCCGCCGCUCGCUGAUGCCCGCGACCACCGCGCUCAUUGCUCGCCCACAUCACCCCGCCGCCUGCCGCUGCUCAACGCCGCCCCCGCGCUGCCGUCCGCCACGGCCGGAGCUCCGCCUCCGCGGGCUCCUGGCGACGCCCGCGCGCCUUGGCCGCCACUUGCCGCGCCGUGGCUGCGCCCGCGACCGUGCUGCUCGCCGCCCCUGGCGCCACUUCCGCCGGGCCGCUGCCGGCGCCGCUUGCCUUCGCGGCCGCGCGUUGGCCGUGGCUCCUGCUACGCGUGCCCGACCGGAUUCCCGUAG